CAUGGUCUUGGAAAUCGAAGUAGAGGUGAUGUCCGACCUUCUGCGGCUUUACGUGGGGCACUCUGUCUCAGCAGUUGAACUAGUCGGAAUAUUAAAGAAAAACGUCGCCCAGUCCACCCAUCCACACCAUGGAUUCUACCAUCUUACGCGCUAUUGGAAUCGGAGUCCUCGCAACUUGCUUGUGGGUUUUCGCCGUCGCCUCCGAGCGACAGCUCUCGAUAAUUUGCCGGGGCCGCCAGCCAAGUCUUGGCUUUUUGGUUCUUGGGAACAGCUGUUUGGUCGGGGCGCAUGGGAUUACCACCGCCAAAUAUCGGAAACUGACGGAGAGAUGAUCCGAGUUAAGGGUCUAUUUGGGGCCAACAACCUUUACGUCUACGAUCCAAAGGCCGUACACCAUAUUCUCGUCAAGGACCAAGACAUCUAUGAAGAGACAGCAGGCUUCCUCAGGACCAAUAAAUUUACUUUUGGGGAAAGCUUUUUUACUGCACUCGGAGACCGUCAUCGCCUCCAUCGGAAGAUGCUCAACCCCGUCUUUUCAAUUGCUCAUAUGCGUGAGAUGGUUCCACUCUUUUACGAAAUUUCGCACAAGCUCGAAAAUACUCUCAGGAAGAUGACGGCAAACGGUCCAAAAGAGAUUGACAUCUUAGAGUGGAACACUCGACUUGCACUCGAACUCAUUGGUCAAAGCGGACUUGGAUACACCUUCGAUACAUUAGAAGAAGGGUCGACCCCACAUCCAUACGGGAUCGCGUCGAAACAGUUCAGGCCGCUCUCAGGCGGGUUUCCUGCAAGCGUUGCGAAAGAGGUAAUAGCGCCUAUUAUGGCCCGUUUCGCGGGCCCGAGGGUCGGUCGUUUCUUGGCGAACUGGGUUCCGUGGAAGGACCUGCAGGGAUUCCGCGAUGUUAUAGACACACUGAACGGCACGGCAGAUGAGAUCCUUAAGGAGAAGAAGAAGGCCAUUCUUGCAGGUGACGAGGCAAUGAAGGCGCAGGUCGGCCAUGGAAAGGAUAUCAUGAGCAUCCUAGUGAAGUCCAAUAUGACUGCCUCGCUCGAGGAUAAGUUGACCGAUGAGGAGCUCCAUGGUCAAGUAGGGUCUCUUACCUUUGCGGCCACUGACACGACUUCAUCUGCGUUGUCGCGUAUUUUGUCUCUCCUUGCCCAAAACAAGGAUUACCAAGACCGGGUCCGACAGGAAAUCAGGCGAGCCAAAGAAGACAACGGAGGCCAUGAUAUCGACUAUGACACCUUGGUCUCUCUUCCUUUCCUUGACGCCGUCUGCAGAGAAACGCUUCGCUGGUAUCCGCCUGCUCCGUAUCUGCUACGAGGUGCUCGGGCGGACAUGGUCUUACCGUUAGCAACACCUGUCAAAGGAAUCGACGGAACCGACAUACACGAAAUACCAGUGCCCAAUGGUACCACUGUCUUUGUCUCCAUAAUCUCUUCGAACACCAAUCCUCGCCAUUGGGGUCCGGACUCUUACGAGUGGAAGCCUGAAAGGUGGUUGAACAGACUCCCGGAUACUGUGAUCAACGCUCGUAUCCCAGGCGUAUAUUCACACUGGCUUACAUUCUUCGCCGGUGGGAGGUCUUGCAGUGGCUUCAAAUUCUCGCAGCUCGAAAUGGAGGUUGCGCUUGCCCUCCUGCUCGAUCAGCUCGAGUUCACGCCAUCCAAAGAACCAGUCGUCUGGCAAAUGACGGCUGUCGCUCUCCCUCACCCCGACCAUGACAGCGUUAAGCCGAGGCUCCCUCUCGUGAUCAGUAGAGCGGCAUA